GGGCAUGCUCAGUCGCCGGCCGCGCCGGGCUGCAGCGAGGCUUCCUCGGGCGCCGGGCUCGGGUCUGCGGCCGCCUCGGCUCGGCUUCUCCCGGUGCGGGCUGGGCACAGCCGCCCCCUGAGCAGAGCGACGCGCGCCCCGCCGGCCCCCGCCGCGGACCCCGGGACAGCUGCUUCGCUCCGGAGCCCGGGAGCGCCCCGACCUCGCGCCAAGUUCCGAGUCGCCUUUUGGGGGAGACAUGCAGAGGAUGACCAGGAACGUUCUGCUAGACAUGGAGGAGGAGGAGGACGAAGACGAUGGGGAUAUCGGUGAUGUUCCUGCCUCCAGGAGGCCUUUUCUGGUUCCUCACAGUCACCUUGUGUCCGGUCUGGUGUUGGAAAACCUUGGACAGACCAUUAUCCCCAAUUGUGGAUCCCUGGAAAGUCAGCAUGAUUUUCAAAUCCCGGAGUUUGAAGAAUUCAAUGGACUAUCUGACUCCCUGUAUUUUAAUGAUGGCCAACGAAGAAUCGACUUUGUUUUGGUUUAUGAAGAUGAAAGUAAAAAGGAGACCAAUAAAAAGGGCACGAAUGAAAAACAAAGGAGGAAAAGACAAGCAUAUGAAUCUAACCUUAUCUGUCAUGGCCUGCAGCUGGAAGCAACAAGAUCGGUGUUGGAUGACAAGCUCGUGUUUGUAAAAGUGCAUGCACCGUGGGAGGUGUUAUGUACAUAUGCUGAGAUAAUGCACAUCAAAUUGCCUCUGAAACCCAAUGACCUGAAAACCCGCUCCUCAGCCUUUGGGAAACUCAACUGGUUUACCAAAGUCCUCAGUGUGGAUGAAAGUAUCAUCAAGCCAGAACAAGAGUUUUUCACGGCCCCAUUUGAGAAGAACCGGUUGAAUGAUUUUUACAUUAUUGAUAGAGAUUCCUUCUUCACUCCUGCCACCAGAAGCCGCAUCGUUUACUUCAUCCUCUCACGGGUCAAGUAUCACGUGAUGAACAAUGUUACCAAGUUUGGGAUUAACAGACUGGUCAACUCUGGGAUCUACAAGGCAGCUUUCCCUCUCCACGAUUGCAAAUUCCGCCAUCGAUCAGAAGAUCCCAGCUGCCCCAAUGAACGGCACCUUCUGUACAGGGAAUGGGCUCAUCCUCGGAGCAUAUACAAAAAGCAGCCCUUGGAUCUCAUCAGAAAAUAUUACGGGGAAAAGAUCGGGAUCUACUUCGCGUGGCUGGGCUAUUACACACAGAUGCUCCUGCUGGCAGCCAUCGUGGGCGUGGCCUGCUUUCUCUACGGAUAUCUGAAUCAGGACAACUGUACCUGGAGCAAAGAAGUUUGUAAUCCUGAUAUUGGUGGCCAGAUUAUAAUGUGUCCUCAGUGUGAUCGACUGUGUCCAUUCUGGAAACUCAAUAUUACUUGCGAGUCCUCAAAGAAAUUGUGCAUCUUUGACAGUUUUGGAACCCUGAUCUUCGCAGUGUUUAUGGGAGUAUGGGUUACCUUGUUUUUGGAGUUUUGGAAACGGCGCCAGGCAGAACUUGAGUAUGAAUGGGACACUGUUGAGUUACAGCAGGAAGAACAAGCCCGGCCGGAAUAUGAAGCACGGUGUACUCACGUGGUGAUAAAUGAGAUUACGCAGGAAGAAGAGCGCAUUCCCUUUACCACCUGUGGAAAAUGUAUACGGAUAACCCUCUGUGCAAGUGCUGUCUUUUUCUGGAUCCUUCUGAUCAUUGCUUCAGUUAUCGGGAUCAUUGUCUACAGGCUCUCGGUGUUCAUCGUGUUUUCUGCAAAACUUCCCAAGAACCUUAAUGGAACAGACCCAAUCCAGAAAUAUCUGACUCCACAGACAGCCACGUCCAUCACUGCUUCCAUCAUCAGCUUUAUUAUCAUCAUGAUUCUGAACACCAUCUAUGAAAAAGUGGCAAUUAUGAUCACUAAUUUUGAACUUCCAAGGACCCAGACUGAUUAUGAGAACAGCUUAACCAUGAAGAUGUUCCUAUUCCAGUUUGUCAACUACUACUCUUCGUGUUUCUACAUCGCAUUCUUCAAGGGCAAGUUUGUAGGCUAUCCAGGAGACCCAGUUUACUGGUUGGGAAAAUACAGAAAUGAAGAGUGUGACCCAGGUGGCUGUCUUCUUGAACUGACGACGCAGCUGAUAAUCAUCAUGGGAGGAAAAGCCAUCUGGAAUAACAUCCAAGAAGUUUUACUGCCCUGGAUCAUGAAUCUAAUUGGGCGGUAUCACAGAGUUUCAGGAUCAGAAAAAGUAACCCCACGAUGGGAGCAGGACUACCAUCUGCAGCCUAUGGGCAAACUGGGACUAUUUUAUGAAUACCUCGAAAUGAUUAUUCAGUUUGGGUUCGUCACCUUAUUUGUGGCCUCUUUCCCACUGGCCCCUCUGUUGGCUCUGGUGAACAAUAUAUUGGAAAUAAGAGUGGACGCGUGGAAACUGACUACCCAGUUUAGACGCCUGGUGCCCGAGAAAGCCCAAGACAUUGGAGCCUGGCAGCCCAUCAUGCAAGGGAUAGCAAUUCUGGCUGUGGUGACCAAUGCCAUGAUCAUUGCUUUCACAUCAGACAUGAUCCCCCGCCUGGUGUAUUACUGGUCCUUCUCUGUGCCGCCCUAUGGGGACCAUGCAGACUACACCAUGCAGGGGUAUAUCAACAACACUCUGUCCAUCUUCAACAUCGCAGACUUCAAAAACAAAAGCAAAGGAAACCCGUACUCUGGGCUUGGCAACCAUACUACGUGCAGGUAUCGUGAUUUCCGCUACCCACCUGGACACCCGCAGGAGUAUAAACACAACAUCUACUACUGGCACGUGAUUGCAGCCAAGCUGGCUUUUAUCAUCGUCAUGGAGCAUGUCAUCUACUCUGUGAAGUUUAUCAUUUCCUAUGCCAUUCCAGACGUAUCAAAACUCACAAAGAGCAAGAUCAAGAGAGAGAAAUACCUAACCCAGAAGCUUCUGCACGAGAGUCACCUCAAAGAUAUUACAAAAAACAUGGGAGUGAUCGCUGAGAGGAUGAUAGAAGCGGUAGAUAACAAUUUACGGCCAAAAUUAGAGUAAGAGCUUUAUGUUCUGAGAAGCACUUUAAGGAAUUUAGCUCUGUCAAAAUAUAUUAUGAAUCACUAAUGAGAAUGUUUAAGUUAAAUCAUUUCAGCAAAUGUGGGUCUUAACUAUUGCCAUUUCCAUGCAGAUAAUUUUUCAGUUUCAGCCAACGAUGCAGGAACUGGGAAGAUGUAAAACUUAGAUCAAGAAGGGCAUAAAACUAAUUGCCCGGAAAUCCUAAAAUGUUACCUUUUUUUUUUUUGAGAAAUUGGAAUUUUAGGAACACAGAAAAAGCCUCUUCGUGUGCUCAAAAACCACGUCUUCUACAGCAGAAUGGAUUCUUUGAUAUUUUUCUCCUGUUUGAUUACUUUCACUUCUUUCUGUUGUCAGGCACGUGACCUUUAUUUGUAGGCAGUGUUCCCAUUUCUUCAGUUUGCCAGGUCUGUUUCCGAGUUAUUUAUUCCUUACACUACCAUCUCUGAAGACGAGACAAAGUCCCACACUAACAGCUUUCACGUGAUUGAAAAUCGCGAACUUGGAAUUCAGUUUGUGUGCUGCCGCUGCGGGACAGAUAGACUCAAGAAUUCACAAUAUUUAGGUGUAUUAUCGUAUCCCCCCCAAAGGGAACCUCAUUUCCUCAGACAGAAAGAUUUCAGUCUUCUUUUGGGCCUGUCUUUCCAUCUCAAAGAAAUACUCUUAGUGGAUUAGAAUGAAGCCAGCAAGGUCUUGAAGCAUAUUUGUCCUAAUCGACAGUGACACCUUUUAUCUUCCAGGAGCACUCCUAGAACACUCUGUGCCUAAUCAGUGUUGACUGCUUUGCAGAUCUCAAGGGAAUAAGAUGACAAGAGUAGGGAAGGUUACAGAUUCAAAUAGAACUGUAACUCACGUUGAUCUGGAUAAUUAACUUAUCUCUUCUAAAGACAUGUCAUUUCUUGGGGGGAAUAUAAUAUCCCAUGGUUUAAAUACACUUCUUAUCAACAUAAUAGUCUGGAAAAGAUAAGUCUAAUUCCCCACCAGAUGACUCUGAUUCAUUAGAGACAGGAGGUACAUUAUUACACAUCACCAAGCGCCUUCGUGAACAGCUCACUACAUAGCCAUGGUGGCCUGACGAUACCGUCCACGGUCAGGAACAGCACGUGCCCUGACUAGGAGCCACGCUAAUCCUGGUCCUGGUGUGGGGAGUGCCUUUCAUCAGGGAGUCCCCAGGACUGGGCUUAUUUUUAUACACCCCAGUGGUCAACAUACCAAAGCUGCUGCCAUAGUGAAUGUGGCUUCCCAGCACCCUCCACCCUCUUAUUGUAGGCCCAGUGACUCAUCUGUAACUGUAGGAGAUUACACAAGAGAUAGGAGUAGAUCCAGACAAUUUCUAAUCAAGAAAAGAGACUCUGCAUUUGACUUGAGCAUCCAGCCUCUUUAAGGCCAAGCAGGCAGUUGUGGGUAAUAAAGGGAAAUGGUUUGGCCACAAAGUGUGCCAGUCUCUGGAGACUACUUCCUGCUGAACUCCCACCCCAUCACACAGACCCAGCCCCCUGAGUUUUCUCAGCCGGGCCGUCUACUCUGCUUGACUACCCCUAACCGUCAGGCCCUCAGAGAGCUCUGGAGAAGACACGGAGCCAGCACUUCUCCCGUGACUGGUGACAGUUGGUGCUGGGUGCAGGAUGAGGAACAGGAGGUGACUGGUGUCCCGUUCAUGGUGGACGGGCCUCCUCCUGCUGGGAUGCCUCCACUGCUCAGGUGCCAGAGGAGCCUACCUGGCAGCAUCCCGGCAGCUGAGGAAAGAGAAACACACUUCAGUGAUAGAUUUUAGAGGCUCGUUCAAGUAGCUUAACUCUAGACCACGGUUUUAAAUGCCUGCCAUGAAUGUCUUAAAAAAACAACCCAAUAUUUAUAUAGGAUUCAUCAAAGCAGUAUUUCUGGGUUUUUGAAUUGUCCCAGUGGACGAGGGACAACAUUUUGCUAUCUUUCUUAAUCAUGUUGACAAUGCAGCCCGAGAGUGUUCAAGGCAGGCCACAUAAGGUCUGCCUGCUCUAGGAUGGAGAGUGGACUUCUUCCCACUGGAGGAAGCUGGUUUUCGUUCAGCUCAGCCGGGCAGGAGUGCCACCAUUCCUCUCCUCACUCCCCUGUGAUACUGCCCCUGGAAGGGGGGUCCUUCCUCUCUGUUACCUCUUUUCUCUAAAGUAUGUGACUAUCUCCUAGUGUUUGAAUUUGGCGAUUAAUCACUGUUGAUGUCAGCAUGGGAAAGGAAACAUUUUUACCUUAUUUCUUUGUGUACACGACAGAACUGCAAAACAAACGUGCAUUUUAUGUUUUCAUGGCCCCAGUGGAGAGAAUCCUCUUCUAGUUUAAAAUGUACUGCUCUGGACAGGAGAGAAAACAACUCUACAUUUUUAAGGGCAGCAAAUGUGAUGUCUGACAAUGCUAAGAUAUCCACAAGAGGAAAGUCGUCGGGGAGCCCCAGGGUCACUCAUAGUGUGAGUCUGUUAGUGGGAACAGGCAGCACCCUGGGAAAUCUAUGGGCGUGGCAGUGGACCCACGAAGGGAGACUCUGACCCUCAACCUGUCCAGUGUUAACCACUAAAGAAAUUUUAGCUUUAUAUCCUUUUGUAAUGCCUGUGAAUUUCAACGAAUUGAAACAUCAGACCAAAUACUCAGGGGAUUUUUCUUUAAACGUCCCUCAGAUAUUUCACUUCUGUCAUUAGAAAGGGAAAGCGAUCAUUUGGGGUUUAAAACUAAACAAGGCCAUCUUGUAUACAGUCACCAAAGCCUUCCCUUUUUAAUGCAUGUGUGUCUUGAAUUUCAUAAAACAUUAAUUCACAAUAGGGGUCGGUCAGAAUGUGCUCUUUCGUUGAAACACUUCUUGUGCCAUUUUCUUAUGUUCAUCUUAUAAGAUGUGUGAGAAGUUAAAAUGUAUGAGCAGCUCCAGAAAAGUAGAACUGAAAUAUUCAUGAUGCUUUUCAUACAUUGUAGCAUAAGAUGUAAAGUUUGUAAUUAGUGUCUGUUAAUUUCUGUGCAUUUUAAUAUUCUUUUAUAAUUAUGAGCAUUUUAAUAAAUUCAUUUUUACAAACAA